AUGGGCCUGGAUGUUGCAGAAAUAUAUGGAGAAGAAAUUGUGAACAUUGGAAGCCAGCAAGAAUACACCCCUUACCAGCCCGAAAAGGGCUAUGGCUGGGCGGGCGCGUUGCCCGACAAGCAAGGCCUCUACGACCCUUCCCUAGAGAAGGAUGCCUGUGGUGUAGGCUUUGCUGCCCAUAUCAAGGGCAAAGCAAGCCACAAGAUUAUCAGCGAUGCACGAAAUCUACUCUGCAACAUGACCCAUCGGGGUGCGGUUGGAUCCGAUGCUCGUGAUGGGGACGGAGCAGGUGUCAUGACUUCCAUACCUCACAAGUUCUUCAUAAAAAACUUCGCGCGGGAGACUGGCUUCGAACUACCGCCCUUAGGUCAAUAUGCUGCUGGUAACCUUUUCUUCAAGCCGGAUACAGAGAUGCUCAAAUAUGCAACGAUAAGCUUCGAGGAAGUCGCUACUUCAUUGGGAUUGCGUACACUUGGCUGGCGAGAAGUGCCAAAGGAUUCUAGUCUGCUCGGUCCUGCAGCUCUAUCUCGCGAGCCUAUCAUUCUUCAACCUUUUGUUGUUCUUGCUUCCGCUUAUGGCGAAGGGGGCAAGCCAGACAUCACAGAUCCAGAGCAGUUUGAUGAAAUAGAGUUCGAGCGCAAACUAUACGUACUAAGGAAGAUGGUUUCACACGACGCGCGAUACAAGCCAUGGUUCUACCUUUGCUCCUUGAGCAACAAGAAUAUUGUUUACAAGGGUCAAUUGGCUCCAGUCCAGGUAUAUCAAUAUUACCAUGACCUGGUUUCUGUAGACUACGAAGGUCAUUUCGCGCUCGUCCAUUCGCGCUUCUCGACCAACACGUUUCCCUCCUGGGAUCGCGCGCAGCCACUGCGAUGGCUUGCCCACAACGGUGAGAUCAAUACUCUGCGUGGUAACAAGAACUGGAUGAGAGCAAGAGAAGGAGUACUGAGAUCGGAAUUCUUUGGUGACGAACUCGAAAAGCUUUUUCCGAUUGUUGAAGACGGUGGCUCUGACUCGGCGGCAUUUGACAAUGUCCUGGAAUUGUUAGUCAUGAAUCGAGUCCUCUCUCUGCCAGAAGCGGUUAUGAUGAUGGUGCCAGAGGCAUGGCAAGGUAAUUCAGCUAUGAGUGCCGAGAAAGCUGCCUUCUACGAAUACGCGGCUUGUCUUAUGGAGCCAUGGGACGGCCCUGCCCUAUUCACAUUCUCUGAUGGACGAUACUGUGGUGCCAAUCUGGACAGGAAUGGGUUGCGGCCUUGCAGAUAUUAUGUAACUGAUGAUGACCGAAUCAUUUGCGCGUCCGAAGUUGGCACAAUCUCCAUUGACCCUGAGAGAAUUAUUCAAAAAGGCCGACUUCAGCCGGGAAAGAUGUUGUUGGUUGACACUGUGGCUGGGCGCAUCAUUGAUGAUUCUGAACUGAAGCACACCGUCUCCAGUCGGCAAGGUUUCCAACAAUGGCUCGAUGCUAAUCUGCUGAAGUUGCCAAACAUUUAUGAUCAGUUGUCCCAGCAGCUUGAUCUUUCUUACAGACUAGAUGAUAAGAACAUCCAAGCUGAUCCGAUGUUGAGGGCUUUUGGAUACUCUUUUGAGCAGGUAACUCUGCUUCUUGGUCCAAUGGCUGCAGACUCAAAGGAAGCUUUGGGUUCCAUGGGAAACGACGCUCCGCUUGCCUGCCUUGCUCAGCAGCCCCGCCUACUCUAUGAAUACUUCCGACAAAUGUUCGCCCAGGUCACGAAUCCGCCAAUCGACCCAAUCCGAGAAGCAAUCGUCAUGUCUCUGGAGUGUUACGUUGGGCCACAAGGCAACCUACUUGAGAUGGACCAGUCUCAGUGCCAUCGACUACUGCUUCCGUCACCUAUUCUUGAGAUUGAGCAGUUCAAUGCUCUCAAGAACAUCUCAUCCCUUUACAAGGACUGGACCGUCAGAACCAUCGACAUCACCUUUGAGAAGAUGAAAGGCAUCCAAGGCUACAUGGAUGCUCUUGAUGAUAUCUGUGCUGCUGCUACGGAGAGUAUCCACAAUGAUGACAAAGUUAUCGUUCUGUCGGAUCGCGCGACGUCUGCAGAUCGAGUACCUGUAUCUGCUCUUUUGGCGACAGGUCUAGUUCAUCAUCACCUUGUCCGCAACAAGUGGAGGUCGAGAGUUGCGCUAAUCGUUGAGACUGCCGAAGCCAGAGAAGUGCACCAUAUGUGCGUGUUGGUUGGUUACGGCGCCGAUGGCAUCAAUCCUUAUCUGGCUAUGGAGUGCAUCCUGAAAUUGAAGCGCGAGAAGUCGAUCAAGAAGGAUCUCUCGGACGAAAAGAUUAUUGCGAAUUACAAAGCAUCUUGUGACGGAGGUAUCUUGAAGGUGAUGAGCAAGAUGGGUAUCUCUACACUACAAUCAUAUAAGGGCGCUCAGAUCUUCGAGGCUCUUGGUAUCGAUGAUUCGGUCGUGGACCGUUGCUUUGCUGGAACAGCGACGCGUAUUCGUGGUAUGACUUUUGAUCUUAUCGCACAGGACGCCUUUGCAUUUCAUGAGAAGGGCUUCCCAUCACGCAGCAUUAAUGAAAUCCCAGGUCUGGUCGAAUCGGGUGAGUACCAUUGGCGGGACGGUGGAGAGCCUCAUAUCAACGAUCCAGUUAGCAUCGCCAACAUUCAAGAUGCGGUCCGCACCAAGAACGAUAAGUCUUACGAGGCGUACUCUUUGUCCGAAUAUGAGCAGAUCAAGAAUUGUACUCUGCGAGGCCUCCUCGAUUUCGAUUUUGAGCAGCGUACACCUGUGCCUAUCGACCAAGUCGAGCCGUGGACCGAGAUUGUUCGAAGAUUCGUGACAGGAGCGAUGUCUUAUGGAUCUAUCUCCAUGGAGUCCCAUUCUACCCUCGCAGUGGCAAUGAACCGACUGGGUGGAAAGUCGAACACUGGUGAGGGUGGCGAAGACCCAGAACGCAGUUUGAGGAUGGAAAACGGUGACAGCAUGCGGUCAGCUAUCAAGCAGAUCGCUUCGGGACGAUUCGGCGUUACCUCCAAUUACCUGGCUGAUGCAGAUGAGCUUCAGAUCAAGAUGGCUCAGGGCGCCAAACCAGGCGAAGGCGGUGAGCUACCAGGUCACAAAGUAUCUGGGCCAAUUGCUCGAACCCGUCAUUCCACACCAGGCGUUGGUCUCAUCUCUCCGCCUCCACAUCAUGAUAUCUACUCCAUCGAAGAUCUAAAGCAACUGAUUUACGACUUGAAAUGUUCCAACCCACGUUCACGUGUUUCCGUCAAGCUUGUCUCGGAAGUCGGUGUCGGCAUUGUUGCCUCUGGCGUUGCUAAAGCCAAGGCAGACCAUAUUUUGAUCUCUGGCCAUGACGGCGGUACUGGUGCAUCUAGGUGGACAGGUAUCAAAUACGCUGGCUUGCCAUGGGAGCUUGGUCUCGCAGAGACUCACCAGACCUUGGUUUUGAACGACCUUCGUGGCAGAAUUAUUGUGCAGACUGACGGCCAACUGCGCACUGGCAGGGAUGUGGCUAUUGCUUGCUUGCUCGGCGCUGAAGAGUGGGGUUUUGCUACAACACCGCUGAUUGCCAUGGGCUGCAUCAUGAUGAGGAAAUGCCACCUGAACACCUGUCCUGUCGGUAUCGCUACUCAGGAUCCGGAGCUUCGGAAGAGAUUCCAAGGCACCCCUGAACAUGUCAUCAAUUUCUUCUACUACAUCGCCAACGAGCUGCGUGCCAUCAUGGCCAAGCUUGGUAUCCGCACAGUCAACGAGAUGGUUGGACGAGCCGAAUUGUUGAAGACGCGCGAUGACCUCCGCUCCGCAAAGACAGAGAAUCUUGACCUGUCGCUCAUUCUCACACCUGCACACUCUAUCCGACCCGGCGUAGCUACGUACAAUGUAAGGAAGCAGGAUCACAAGCUACAUGUCCGACUCGACAACAAGCUCAUCGCAGAGUCUGAACUGGCCCUCGAGAAAGGACUGCCUUGCCGUAUCGAGUGUGAUAUCGUCAACACCGAUCGUACCCUGGGGGCCACCUUGUCAUAUCAAAUCAGCAGGCGGUACGGUGAAGCCGGACUGCCACAGGACACCAUCCAUGCCAAUAUUAAGGGUUCUGCUGGCCAGUCAUUUGGCGGUAUGUUGGCUCCUGGUGUGACGCUUGAGCUUGAAGGUGAUACCAAUGACUAUGUUGGCAAGAUGCUUUCGGGUGGUCGUCUAAUCAUCUACCCUCCUCGCUCUGCAGUUUUCAAGGCAGAGGAGAACGUGCUGAUUGGCAAUGUUUGUUUGUAUGGUGCCACAAGCGGUACGUGCUAUUUCCGAGGUGUUGCAGCUGAGCGCUUCGCUGUACGCAAUUCUGGCGCCACCGCCGUGGUAGAAGGUGUUGGUGACCACGGAUGCGAAUACAUGACUGGUGGACGUGUCCUCAUCCUUGGUGGGGUCGGGCGCAACUUCGCUGCGGGUAUGUCUGGUGGCAUCGCCUACGUUCUCGACAUGAACCAAGACUUCCACUCCAAGAUCAACAUGGAGAUGGUGGAAGUAUCGGGUCUUGAGGAUCCUCAGGAAAUUGCCUUUGUGCGAGGCUUGAUCGAGGAUCAUCACCACUACACCGGUUCUGAGCUUGCAGCUCGAAUCCUGCUAGACUUCACCAGAGCACUGCCACGAUUUGUCAAAGUUUUGCCUGUUGAUUACAAGCGGGUAAUGGAAGCAGAAGCCAAGAAGGCCGAAGAGGCAAAAAAGGCUCAGUAUUCGUUACCAAUCCUGCCAGGCACUGCUGUACGCACAAUGCAUGAGGAGCACCGCAAGAAGGACUUUGCAGAAGAGGAAAAGCAAAAGAAGAAAGACAUGUUGGACCUCGAAGAUAGCGUUGGCGAUGAGAAGAAAGAGAAGAAGCGUAACGCACUGAUUCUGGACAAGACCCGUGGAUUCAUGAAAUACACUCGCCGAGCUGAAAAGUAUCGCAAUCCGCAGACACGAAUCAAAGAUUGGGCAGAGCUCUCGAGCCGGCUGAACGAGGAUGAAUUGAAGUUCCAAGCGGCACGCUGCAUGGACUGUGGUGUUCCCUUUUGUCAGUCGGAUACUGGCUGCCCUGUUUCCAACAUCAUUCCCAAGUGGAACGAGCUUGUGUUCCAGAAUCAAUGGCAGGAUGCGCUGAACAGGCUUCUGAUGACGAACAACUUCCCGGAGUUCACCGGCCGAGUCUGUCCUGCACCUUGCGAGGGUGCUUGCGUCCUUGGGAUCACCGAGGAUCCGGUGGGUAUCAAGUCCAUCGAAUGCGCAAUCAUUGAUAGAGGUUUUGAGAUGGGCUGGAUGGUGCCAACACCUCCAAAAAGUAGAACGGGAAAGAAGGUUGCUAUUGUCGGUUCUGGACCAGCUGGUCUUGCCGCAGCAGAUCAGCUCAACCGUGCUGGCCACCAUGUCACUGUGUAUGAACGGGCGGAUCGUAUUGGCGGCUUGCUCAUGUAUGGUAUUCCAAACAUGAAGCUUGACAAACGUAUUGUGCAGCGCCGGGUGGAUUUCAUGGCCGCUGAAGGUGUGAAGUUCGUUACCGGCUGCUUGGUCGGUCCGGACAGCGAGGUUUCCCUUCAGUCGCUCCGGGAUAGCAACGAUGCUGUCGUCAUCGCAACUGGUGCCACUGUUGCUCGUGAUCUCAAGAUUCCAAAUCGGGAGUUGGACGGCAUUCACUUUGCCAUGCAAUUUUUGCACAAAAACACCAAGUCACUGCUGGAUUCUGAACUGGCUGAUGGAAGCUACAUCUCCGCCAAAGACAAACACGUCGUUGUUAUUGGAGGUGGCGAUACCGGCAACGACUGCAUUGGCACCUCGGUCCGCCAUGGAGCCAAGUCAGUUACCAAUUUCGAGCUGUUGCCUCAGCCUCCUCCGGAGCGUGCUCGUGAUAAUCCAUGGCCUCAGUGGCCUCGCAUCUACCGUGUUGACUAUGGUCACACUGAGGUCAAAACACAUAUGGGCAAGGACCCUCGUGAGUAUUGUGUCAUGUCUGAAGACUUUGUCGGCGAUGAUGAAGGUCAUGUACGAGGGAUCAAUGUUCAUCGAGUGGAGUGGACCAAGUCAGCGACUGGUGGCUGGGACAUGAAACCAGUUGAGGGUAGUGAACAGUUCUUCCCUGCUGACCUCGUGCUGUUAUCGAUGGGUUUCCUGGGUCCGGAGGACAGAUUGCUGGGAGGCGAUAUCGAGAAGGACAAGCGGAGCAACAUCAAGACACCGCCUGGACAAUUUGACACCAAUGUCCCGGGUGUUUUCGCUGCUGGUGACUGUCGACGUGGUCAAUCGUUGAUUGUUUGGGGUAUCAAUGAAGGCCGACAAGCAGCUCGACAAGUCGAUACUUACCUCAUGGGCGUUGGCUCUCAGCUUCCGGUCACUGGCGGUAUCAUUCGCCGUGCUCAAAUUGACUCUGUCCCUCGACCCCAAGAUGUCUCCCGGCCUGAGGUCUCUGCAGCAGCAUGA